AUGAGCUCAGCCUUGGGUGACCGAGGCUCCAGCCCUCUGGGCGACGUCAAGAAGGGCGCCGAGGGCGUGAAAGACGCCCCUGGCAAGGUUAGCAAGCAAGCAAAGGACACAGCAGACACCAAGAGCGCACCGCGUUCCAUUCCAGACGUUGACGACUCGGAAUCGCAAAUAGAAGCCUCCAAUGAGGGCGACGAAGGCGAGAUGGUGCCGGCCGCAGGCCGCAUUAAUGAGAAGGGCGAGGUCAUUGACGACGAUGGCAACGCUAUUGGCAAAGUUACCAGCGGUAACGCAAAAGAUUUUGUUGACUUCGUCGUCACCCAAGAGGGUGAUAUUCUAGAUAGCGAAGGCGACGUCGUCGGCAAGGCCGAACCCCUGGAAGACGUGGCAUCGGAGCUCAACUACACAACCAAGUCCACCAAGGACGACGCCGAGGAGGCCACAGGAGGUGGCCUAGGAGGUGCCCUGGGUGGAGUUGGCAACCUGGCCAAGGGUGCUGUUGGCGGCGUCGGCAAGACUGCCAAGGGCGCCACCGGAGCCGUUGGUGAUACUGCCAAGGGUGUCACAGACACAGUCGGAGGUGCCACUGGCACCGAAGACGUUACGGACAAGGUCGGUGACACCGUCAAGGGCACCACCGACACAGCUGGUGAUGCCACCGAAGGUGCCACCGAUGCCGUUGGCGAUACCGCAAAGGGCGCCACGGACACCGCCGACGAGGCUACAAAGCCUGUCACUGACACUGUCGACGAUGCUACUGGCAGCGCCACCGAAAAGGUUGGCGAGACUGCCGAGGGCGUCACUGACAAGGCCGGUGAGGCCGUCGAGGGUGCCGGAGAGGAGGUUGAGGGUGCCGAAGACAAGGUCGGCGAGACCGCCGAAGGUGCCACCGACGCUGUUGACGAAACCAAGGACCUUCCCGAAGGUGCUGAAGGUGCCGUCGAUGAGGCCGGUGAGGCUGUUGAGGGCGCCGAGGGCGAGGCCGGAGAAGCAGUUGAAGGAGUCGAGGGCGAGGCCGGUGAGGCCGUUGAGGGAGCAGAGGGCGAGGCUGAUGAACUAGCCGAGCAAGAGCCCGUUCCCAUUCAGAUCCCCGAGUUUGCUCCCUCAGUUGCCGCCAAGGUCGUCGCCAUGUUCGAAGGUCCUUUCACAGUUUCCGAUGAUGGUCAGGUCACUGACCAGAACGGCAAGGUUCUCGGCAAGCUCGCCGAGGGCCAGGACCUUCAGGACCUCAUUGGCAAGGAGAUCAAGGGCAUUGACGAGAACGGCAACCUUCUCGGCGACAAUGAGACCGUUCUCGGCAAGGUCGAUCUUGUCCCUGAGGGCACCAUCGUCGAGCGUAUCAAGGAAGAAGUCCCUGAGGCUGCAGAGCGCCUGGAUGCUCUAGAGGAAGCCAAGAACCAGCUGCCCGACCUCUCGAUCCUUGAAGGCCUUACCAUCAACAAGGCUGGCAACGUUGUCGACGAGAAGGGCAACGUCUUGGGUAAGGUCAAGAGCGGCGAUAUCAAGAAGCUUGUUGGCAAGCAGCCUGACGCCGAGGGUCGCAUCUGGGACAGCAAGGGCAAGGUCAUCGGCGAGGUCGAGGUUGUACCCGACGCUCUUGAGAACAUGGCUGCACCUUUCGAAGACUUCCCCGAUGCCUUCAUCGACGAGAAGGGCCGUGUCAUCUUUGAUGGCCGCCAGGUCGGUGUCGUCGAGGGCGAGGAGUUCCAGAAGUUGAUCGGCAAGAAGGUCGACGCUGAUGGUGAUAUUCUUGACAAGAACGGCAACGUCAUCGGUCAUGCUAUCCGCAAGGACCCCGAAGACGAGCCCGAGCCCGAGGAGGAGCAGGUCGACUACUCCUCCUUGAAGGACAAGAAGGUCAACAAGUUUGGUAAUGUCGUCGAUGACAAGGGCCAGGUUUGGGGACAUGUUGUCCAGGGUAUUGUCAAGCAACUCAUUGGUAAGAAGGUCGGCGAGAACGGCCAGAUCUUCAACGAUGCCGGCAAGGUCAUUGGCAAGGCUGAGCCUGUCCCUGAAGAGGAGCGUGAGGAUGUUAAGGAGCCUUCCCCCUUCGAGGACUUCCCCAAUGCCACUGUUGGCGACAAGGGCGCAGUCAUGUUCAACGGCGAGCAAGUCGGUAUUGUCGUUGAGGGUGACGCCAAGAAGUUGAAGGGUAAGACUGUCGACGCCGACGGUGACAUCCUCGACAAGAACGGCAACCAGCUUGGCCGUGCCGAGCGUUGGGAGCCCGAGGAGGAGGAGCCUGAACCUGAGGUUGAUAACUCUGCCCUGGCAGGCAAGCGCAUCAACAAGGCCGGUAACGCUGUGGACAGCCACGGUGACAUCUACGGUCGUGUUGUUGAGGGAGACCUCAAGCGCCUCAUCGGCAAGAUGUGCGACAAGCAAGGAUUCAUCCGCAAUGAGGGUGGAGAUGUCAUCGGCAAGGCCGAGCUCAUCCCUGAGGCGGAGCGUGAGGGCAUGAAGGAAGGUCCCUUCACCGAGCUGCCUGGCUGCACCGUCAACAAGGAGGGCCACAUUGUCACCCCUGGCGGUGAUGUUGUUGGUCGUCUGGUCUCUGGUGACCCCAAGACCCUGUUUGGUCGUGCCGUCGAUGACGACGGUGAUAUCCUAGACAAGAACGGAAACGUUCUUGGUCACGCUGAGCGCUGGGAGCCUGAGGAGGUUCAAAAGGACGUCAGCCCCAUGUCGGGUCGCAAGGUCAACCGUGAGGGUAAUGUCGUCGACGAGAACGGUGACGUUAUCGGCAAGUUGACCAGCGGUGACCUCUCCAAGUGCGCCGGUAAGAAGAUCGACGACGACGGCGAUGUCAUCGACCAGAAGGGUAGCAUUUUGGGUCACGUCUCUCUGCUGGAGGAUAUUCCUGAGCCUGAGCCCGAGGAGGGCGAGACUGAGGAGCAGCGCCAAGCACGCGAGAAGCUUGAGCAGGAUCGCAAGAUCGCUCAGCAGAUCUGCAUCUGCAUUGAGCACUCGCUCGACAAGAUUCGCCCUAUCUGCAAGAUGAUCACCGAGAACAUCGACCGCGUUGAGCGUCAGCCCGAGGAAGAGCGUGACGAAGAGGAUCUCGUCAAGACCGUCAAGCCUCUCAUCGAGGAGGGUGGUAAGAUCCUGACUGAGGCCAACGGUGUCAUCCGCGGCCUCGAUCCCGAUGGCAGAAUCUCUGCCAACGCUAAGCACAAGACUGCCGCGCGUGAGGCAAGCCCCGAGGAGUACCACCUCGCGGAUCUUCUGAAGGAGCUUACUGGCACUGUCACCGAGACUAUCGAGAAUGCCAAGCGCAAGCUCGAGGACAUGAACUACGCCAAGAAGGAGCUCAACCCUCUCUGGGGUCUCCUGGCUGAGCCACUGUUCCAGAUCAUCGCUGCUGUCGGCUUGCUGCUGAGCGGUGUCCUUGGCCUUGUGGGCAAGCUGCUCAAUGGUCUUGGAUUGGGUGGUCUUGUCAAUAACCUCCUCGGUGGCCUUGGUCUCAACAAGGUGCUGGAUGGUUUAGGCCUUGGUGGAGUCGUGGGGGCAGUCACAGGCAAGGAUGAUAAGAAGAAGAAGAAGGGCGGUGGUUUCCUCGGAAUCUUGUAA